AUGGGUUGGCGACAAUCCUUCAGCAAGCGUCCUGCUGCAAUCAGUACAGUGGCCGAAGGCCAGUCAGAGGAGACCUUAACUGCUGGGGGCAAGUAUAUCGGCGAGAUAGGAGGCAAUAAUGCACCACCCACGUACCAGGAUGCAUCUGGCGCUCCAGUCGAGAGCAAGUCACCGUUAGGAUACUCUGUGGGCCCCGUCACAAUCACCCUGCUGAAUGUCACAAUGAUGAUCGGCGCUGGUAUCUACUCCACGCCAUCAUCUAUCCUGUCCGGUACGGGCUCGGUCGGCGCCAGUCUCAUGUUUUGGACCCUCGGUUACUUGAUAUGCCUCACGUCUGGAGCUGUGUAUCUCGAGUUCACGGCAUACUUCCCUAGCCGAUCGGGAUCAGAAGUCGUUUUCCUCGAACAAGCAUACCCUAGUCCGAAAUGGCUCUUUCCAACCACCUUUGCGGUCCAGAGCGUUAUUCUUUCGUUUGGAAGUGCCAAUGCUACAGUCAUGGCCAAGUAUCUAAUCGCCAUCUCCGGGCACACGGGCACCGACUGGCAGAUCAAAGGCACUGCGCUGGCCUGCUACAGUCUUGCUACCUUGACGCUGGUGUUCCAUACGAAAUACGCAUAUUGGUUCUCAAACGCUGUUGGGGUUGUGAAGAUUUGCACCCUUCUCUUUGUUAUACUCACUGGAUUUGUCGUUUUAGGGGGCAAUACCAAGGUUGAGAAUCCCAAGGCCAAUUUCCAAGAUGCAUGGUCAGGUAGCUCCAAAGCUUCUGCAUACGGAUUUACUACUGCAUUAUACCGAAUCAUCUUCUCCUAUGGAGGUUAUAAUAACGCCUUCAAUGUUGCCAACGAGGUUAAGAACCCCGUCAGGUCGCUCAAAAUCUACGCCACCGCUGCUCUUACAACAGUUUAUGUGUUAUAUAUGUUUGCAAAUAUCGCAUUCUUUGCUGCCGUUCCCAAGGAAGAGAUAGAGACCUCAGACCUAACCACUGCAAGUCUGUUCUUUGAGAAGGUCUUCGGCAACAGCGGCGCAGUGCGCGGCCUCAACUUCCUCAUUGCCUUGGCUUCCUUCGCUGUCCCUGCUGGAGACGCUUUCACUUUCAUCAACGAUUUGAAGAUUAUGCCCGAUGCUGUCUUUAACCUUGCAAUGGCUCUUGGUCUCUACGUUGUUCGCUGGCGCCGGAGAAAAGCCAACCUCCCUGAACCCGAAUUCAAGGCUUGGAAUGUCGUCAUUCUCUUCAAUAUUCUCGUUCAGCUCUACCUCCUUGUCAUGCCGUGGUAUCCACCCAUUGGUGGCCAGUAUGCUGGUGAUGUCAGCUUUUGGUAUGCAACUUAUGCGGUGACAGGAAUUGGAAUUCUUCUUGCCUGUGCCAUAUAUUACUAUCUUUGGGCCUUCCUUAUUCCUAAAUGGAGAGGCUACAAGCUGCGACAGGAACUUGUGAACCUAGGUGGCGGCGUUCAGAGCAAUCGCCUCAAAAAGGUCCCCAAUUCUGAGAUCGCAGAAUGGGAUGCGACUCAUGACUCGGCUGGCCGUCUCAUCGAAUCGCCCGUUGAGAUCCAGGUUCAGGCAAAAGCGAUUGAUUUGGAGACCUAG